GACAGCAAUGCAGCGCUGCAGGACGAGGGGAGCAGCGUCCACCGAGCCCUCAUGAAGUACCUGGAUGCCUGGUGUCUGAGUCCAGACAGCUGGGAGUACAACCUCCACGCAGGAAGGCUGCUGCUGCUGCAGGGAAGGAGCAGGGAGGCCCUGCAGCACCUUCAGAGUGGCCUGGCGUUGCGUCCCCUACAUCCUGCUCUCAGGUUCUUCACGGGGCUGGCUCUGCUGCAUCAGGAGCAGAAAGCGUCUGAGGACACCGAGAAGGAGGCUGCUCUGUUCUUACAACAGGGACUGGAGCACUUUGUCAGCCAGCGCUGCAGCAAGAGCUGGGUGGAUCAGGAUCCGUCAGACCCCCUGUCCGGCCUCAGUACACAUUUCCUGCGAGGCCUCCUCACUCUGGGUCAGCUGCAGCAGAGAAACACGCUGUCUGGAAAAGCCGUGAGCGCCGAGCUGGUUUAUCACAUCGUAGCGGUGCUGACUGCCCAGAGUGUGAGUCAGUGUGUGUGUCGUGGCGAGGCGAGCAGGCAGCUGGAGUGGGUGCUGCUGGAUGCUCACUUUGCCCUGCUGCAGAGGCUGAUCCAGCAGAGCCAGGCUAAGACUGGCACCGAGAGGCCCUCCCUGGUGGCCAAGAGAUGCCAGGCCCUCGCCGCUCUCAUACGUCUCACCUCCAUCGCCCCUUGUCAGGAGCUGCUGGACAUGCAGGAGCGGACAUGCCAGCUAGCAGUGGUGACCACGCCGCGGGACAGCCACACCCUCUGUCUGCUGGGUCUGGCCCAGCUGACUCAGUAUGACAACAACCCAAAUUCAGAGAGGUCAAAGGAAGCAAUAAGAGAUGCCUGCCUCAGCUUCCAGGCCAGCGUUGAACUGGAACUCAAGACUCAGUCGGGGGAGCCACCUGAACAGCUGAGCAAGCAGAAGUGGUGGCAGGACCGCCUGCAGGCUGAAAACAAGAAAGCUCCCAAGCAGUCCGCCGCCCAACCAGCAGCAGCAGCAGCAGCAGCAGCGAAGGGUCCUUGUGACACCGGUGUGGCAAAAAGAGGAGCCAAGCAGGGCAGAGGAGGGCCGAGCCAAGGGCGAGUAGCUGUAACCAAAGCUCCUCCAGCUCCUGUCAGGGGGGCCAAGGCUGCCCGGCCUCCAGCCAGAGCUCCUGCAGCCAGGGGGAGAGCUGGAGCAGCUGCCAAGCCGGAUAGAUCAGCUAAACCCUCCAACAGCAGCACCAAAGCCCAGCUCCCCGCCAACAAGUCUAAACAGGAGCGUCGUCCUGAUGGUGUUGAGAAGGCAGAGGUUGUUGUUUCAGAGGCAGACCGAGUCGGCGUGUCCAGCCCAGUGAACCGCAGGUCUCAUGUGCCAAGGCUGGGUCUGGCUCGAGCCCUCUCACGCUCCGCGGACACCCAGGAUCAGGCGAAACAGCUCUACCGGGAGGUCAUCGCCAUGGCACCAGGGGUCCACGACGUCUACAUCGAGCUUGUGCAGCUGCUGGAGCCUGCCGACCCUCGGGCUGCGGUGGACGUGUACUGCAGAUUCCCUCUGAAGCCCGUGGCCGAGCAGAGCUUCGACGACGCCUUCAUCACGGGAGAGACCGUUCGCCUGCUGAUGUCGCAGGAGCAGUACGACCACCCACAGCUGGGCUCCUGCCUCGUAGCACACGGCAAAGUCAUGGGCCUCAGUUGCAUAGAGAAAUACAUCGACAUUCUGGAUGCAAAGUCCAUGACCAGGCUGCUGAAGAGCAUCUACGCGAGGAUCCACGACCGACAGGAGGACGACGAGGAACUACAGGACUUCUUCAAGUUCAAAUGCUGGAUAUGAAGUUUGUAACCUGAUCUCAUCUUUUUGAAUCCGCGACUGAGCAACAGUUUGCUUUCAACACACCAAAAAAAAAAAAGAAGCAUAUUUUGUUUUAAGCGUGUUUAUAAAAAAAGUACUUCUCUUGACUUUA